AUGAUAUCAAAGGCAUUACUUUUAUUCUUCUACUUGCCAUGCAUCAUUGCUGUACUUACCCCCAUUGAUGAUCCCAAUUCGUUACCAAAGUAUUCUCUAAACUUUGUUGCACCACUUACUUUCAAGCAAGUAAUAACGAAUAAUGAUACGAGGUUAUCUAACGGUAAGAUCAUCCAAUUAGGCCCACAUACGCAAUGCUACCUCCCUGAUGUUAUAUCCCAGCCAAAGGAAGUUAAUCAAACUGAAUUACAGAUGGAGCUGGAAAGAGAACUUACAGAAAGCACUGAUAUAAUAUCGAGUGAGCUUUCGAAUAGAUGCUUAUCCUUCAUGGGCGGAUUUUGGACCUACCAAUUUUGUUACGGAAAGAAUCUAACACAGUACAAUAAGCCACUUGAAGGAAAAUCUCUCGACUUUGUUUUAAGUCGCUUCGAUGAAGAUAGAGAUGUGGAAAACACACAGCUUCUGUUUAAUGAAUUCGGAUACUACAUUAGUGACAUGGUAGACUCCGGAGAUAUUUGCGAUCAAACAGGUUAUCCAAGGAAAGUCGAAUUUCAGUAUGUGUGUGAUCUUUCCAUUGAUGCUGUUCGAAUUAAUUGGAUAAAGGAGGUAAGACUAUGCCAGUAUCAAGCUCAGAUUUCAGUGCCUAAAUUAUGCAAUUUUCACUUGCUAGCUCAGAUCGAGAAGGAGACCACUUUUAAUUUGAUAACGUGUACUCGAGAACAUCAAGAAGUGAAGUUUGAUUCUGUGCUCGCUGUGGAGAAUUACGACUUUUACUUUGCUGGAAAUGCCUUUUACCUUUUACAACCUUCUUUUGUUGAUUUGGGCAAUAGCUAUGGAAUUUCAAACAAUAUGACAGUUCUUCUAUAUAUGGAUGAUCUUGUUAUCUCUCCAGAUGAAUUAUCGAUCGAUAAAACGAAAACUACCUUUCUUCAAAGAAUAAUGAUUGCGUUCCAUAAGAUGUUGGCGCAGAAAAAGAUCACCUCCCCAAAUGGAAAACCUUACGAAUUUGGUGAUCAAUUCAUUUGGCUUUCAAAGGUCAUUGAUUAUAAAGGCAAUGUUCUUUGUGUUGUGAAGGUUAGCAUGGAUGGAAAAGCGCAAGCAGCUUUCGAAUUCGACAGCAUUGGAGCGAUUGAUGAUCUAACAGACAGUAAUUUCGUUUCGUACGUUUGGUCCUCUUCAGGGAAAUCUACCUCCCAAGAUUUGUUCCCUGAACAUCAUGGCGCUCCGCGUCGACUUCAAGUCAUUAGAAAAGAAACGUUUAAAGAAAGAGAAUAUGAAAUAGCGUCAAAAAGCUCGUUGCUCCCUGAUGAUGAUUCGAAAUCGUCAAGUACGCUCACUACAACUCGGGUACAGGAAACACAGAGUAGAUCGUACGUUGGCGACUCCUCGAGCGCACUAGAUCGUACUCAAGUUUCAAUAAGCAAUUAUGCCGACACAUAUCGUCGUGAUGUGGAAAUGGGUGAAGAGCAGGCAGACCCUUCUGUAGUGCACGACGAGCUGUGA